AUGAAGAUCAACCCCGCUCCUUUCCACUUGGCUCAGGCCAUCAUCACCGGCCUUGUUGUCGUCUUCAGCAUAUGUAUUCUUGGCACUUCGGCACACACCCUCGAUGUCUUCAACAGGCAACAUCUCACAAACCCUUGGUGGGCACCGAUGUGGCCUCAGCACUUCGACGUACAGGGAACCAAGGCGCUCAUUGCGUCGUCUGUCGUGACUUUGGUUCUCUGUGGCGCGUUCUUGAUCGCAUCGUUUCUGCCUCAGCUUGCACUUCGUCAGAAAUACACCCUGCGUGCUCUUCUCUCCCUCGCUACCCUCCUUCCUACUCUUCUCCUUACCCUGAUCACCACUAUCUGGGCCCACAUGCUCAACAACAACGCGCCGGAAGUCGAUACCAUCCAGACCUGGACCUGCAAGAUGCAGAGCUCUCAACCGCUUGAUCAGGAUCUGCCUGCUGACAUUGCCAUGCCGGCCGGCAUGGGCAACAGCGACUUCAAGACCCUGUGUGGAGCAAGCAAGUUUGCGCUAUACGGAACCCUCAUCGUGUUCCUACUUGUGGGCGCAAGCAUGGCUGUCACAAUGAUUACCUGGAUGGCAGACAAGUGGGCAGCGAGGCAGCAGAGGAAGGAAGUUGAGAUGGGCAACAUUCCCGUGAACAACUAG